UAACAAAUAAUCAAUAUGUUCGUUCUUCAUCAUCAUUAACAACAUUGACAAUUACUAUAAGUGAAACACCUUAUUAUGUUAAAAAUGUACAACAACCAAUUACUAGAAAAUCAGAAGUUAUAUUUCGAUGUGUACUAUUCACUGUUGUUUGUAUAGAAAUAUUUGGUUUGGUAUUUUUAUCAUAUAAACUUGCUUUCAAACCAUUAUAUCAUGCCAUUAUGCGAAAACAUCGACCUAAAGAAGAGAAAGAAUUAUCUUAUAAAACACAAGCAGAUCAGGAUUCAAGAUCUUCUGAUAGUUCAAAGAUUCGUGAUAUUAAUACUGACUAUAUUUCAAGUAGUUUAUAA